CGUCCUGAAGCUAGGUGCACCUGACCUAACACACGCCCUUAACGGACCCUCUUCGCGGUUCCCAUUGGAAGGUACCAUUUCUUAAAGAGGGGUGACAGAGAUAUUUUAUAUGUUGCAAAUAUUAGGAAUAUUAAUAACUGAUGCGGUCAUAGGUAACAUUUCAAACAUCUGUUUCUAGAUGCACAUCAUUCCACAAGUUAUUCCCAGGCAUUAUUAUGACGUGUAUAUAUAUAUAUAUAGGAAGACGACUCACCGGCCUCCCCCAUACAGCUAGAGAAUGUGAUAAACCCACUUCAUUAGUUAUUUUCCCCAACGUGUACAUGGCCUGCUGCAGAAACGUUUUAAUAUAGUUAACUUUUGGAAGAUUUCACGAUGCUUUGGCGGUGCGUUAUCUGCUGCGUUUUUAUAACUUUUUCACUGAAAUUAUUAUUGAGCCAUAUUAAUCGACUGCACAGUCGCAGCUCUGACUUCAGGUUGCUCUGUGGCAUUGAUGGAUGCACUGAGGAAUAUAGAGUGUACAACUCAUUCUACCAUCAUGUAAAGAGAAGACACUUUCAACAUCUUCUUGAAGACACCAGACCUGGCGACGCCACACGUGGAGAUGAAAACCGACAGGAGGAAACCCAAGGACCGCAGCAAAAAGACAACAUUCAACCCGAUCAGCUUCCAGCCGACUCCAGCAGCGAGGAUCAGAACCUUCACACACCUGACUCAGUUGAAGAGCAAAUGGGCAUCGACCAAGAUGGAGCUGUCACAGUGCACCAAGAUCUGACAACACAUGCCACUGCCUUUGUUAUCAAUGCCCGAUCCAAGCAUCGUCUGUCACAGAAAGGCAUGAAUGACAUUGUUGCUGGGGUACAGCAGUAUCAAUCAUCACUAUUGGACAACCUCAGGACGCAGAUGAAGGAAGUUCUAAAGAAGAAUUCAGGAAGUACAACCAAUCAACUUGGAAAGAUGCAAUGGAUAUAUUUGACAGUUUCAUUGACCCCUUUGCUAACGUUUCAACAACAUUUCGCCAGAACAGUGUUAUUAGGAAGCAGUUUUGUUGUGUGGAUGCAGAGGAAAUUCCAAUUGCUCGAACCAUAUGCAGGAAGAAACGUGGAGGAUCAACAGAUUUUGUCAUCAAAGACAAAUUAUUUUAUUAUGUACCAUUAGUCAAAAAGUGUAGAGCAGUUCCUAUUACAUCCGAGGAUUUUGACUAUGAUUGAAGAGGUACCCCAGAGGUGCAGUGAAGGUUUUUUUUCAUGA